AUGAGGCCUCUAGUUUUAAAGAGCAUUAGCAAAUCCUCCUCCAAGAUUACACGCCAGAAGCGGUUAAGCGAGCCAUCUUUUCCAUUCAAAAUCAGAAGGCUUCGGGUCCAGAUGGUUAUGGUAGUGGCUUUUAUAAAUCUAAUUUGGUUCUUAUUGGAGCUGAAUUUAGUAAGGCAGUUUUAUCCUUUCUCCAUUCCAGACAAUUGCUCAAAGAGAGGAGAUUACAAAUCAAUAGUGCUUCUAUUGCAAGGGUUUAAAAUAUUUUCUGACACUUCUGGUUUACAAGCUAAUGUGUGUAAGUCGGCGGUUUACUGUCAUGGUAUGAUUGAAGAGGAAGUGAACCGAAUCCUCUUAGUCUCGGGGUUUAUCAAAAGCCCUCUUCCUUUUCGCUAUCAUGGGAUUGCGAUAUGCUCAAAAAGAAUUAGUUUGGCAGAGUGUAAUGUUUUAGUAGAGAAGCUGAUUCAUAGAAUUAGAAUUUGUAGUACAAGACAUUUGUCUUUUGCUAGCAGGCUUACUCUUGUGAAUGCAGUUUUGAUGUCUAUUCACCUUUAUUGGGCUCAAGUUAUGAUCCUUCUGAAGGCCCUAUUGGAUAGAGUUAACCAAAUCUGUAAAGCUUUCCUUUGGCAUGGUACACCUGAGAAUAAUGGCCCCGCUUAUGUGUCUUGGGGAGAUGUAUGUAAAAAUAAGAUUGAAGGAGGUUUGGGCUUGAGAAAUAUUGUUUACUAG